CCUCACGCCAAAGACAGAGCAACAUCAAUUCCAAAACCAACACCAAACAAGAAAAAACUUCCUCACAAUCCCCUUUAUCUCACACACACACUGAGAUAAAAGUUCUUCCUCCACACGGCGCAAUCAAAGAGGCUUCCCGGUGGUUUUCUCAUUCUCCAUCUCCCCUACACUCACCCAUACACAAACACACAGUACAUACAAUACAUACAUGCUCUCCCUUUCCGUCUCUCUCCUUCCUUCUUGACAACCCAAUUGAGGGACUCUUCGCUUUCUUCCUUCAUUACAUAGACGAAUUACCUCAUAUAAUCUAAUCGCACUGACAUACCCAAGGGAAAAAAUAGAACAGCGGCGGCGACUUAGGGUUUUUUUGGGUCUUCUUUUGAUUCAACGGUUAAGGGUUAGUCUAAUUUUUGACAUUUCUUCGCCAAUAUUACGAAUUUAGAAUACCCUUUUCUUGAUUAUAUCGGUUGUGUAUCGAACAAACAGAACCUAGGGUUUCGAUUUGUUUUACCUGUUUGUGCCGCUUCAAAUUUUAGGGUUUGAUUCUUCUAUGUAAUGGGCUUGAAGUGUUCAUCAAAAAGGGAUAUAUUUUGUGUUUCUCGAUGAUAUAAUACGGUUCUGUUUUCUGGUAGUGCUGAUUGAACUUAUUUAUAAGAUGAGGGUCUUGUAAGUUCGUUCAGUCUUGAAAUAUGAAUACCUUUUAAACACUAGAAACGGUUGUUGAUCUCUGUUCUCGAUUACAAUCCAAAUUACAGUAAAUACCAAGGGUAGAAGGGGUAACACGAGCCCUACCUAACUGUGUACAGCAUAGUUUUUGAUUCUUUUAUCCGAUACAGUGGUGCUCUUGAAAGAGGAGUUAGAACCUUAGCUUAGGAUUUGCAGCUUUGGUUUUUUCACACGGGCUUCCAUAGCUGGUCUUGACUCUUGACUCCUAAAGUGGACGAAGAUACACACAAACUUUGUUGGAGGGUGUGGAUUUUAUUACUCAGAUGCACAUUUGUCCAUUGUUAUUCUGUUCUUAUGAUGUUCAGUACUAGCUAUGGAAAGAAGUGAGCCAACAUUUGUCCCCGAAUGGUUAAAAAGUAGUGGAAGCUUAAACACAACAUCCCAUCAGUUUCAGUCAUCUUCUUUACACUCAGACGAACAAGGUGCAUCAAAGGCCACAAGAAACAAAUCGUUUGUUAACAUCAAUGAUAACGAUUUAGGUCGCCCUUCUGUUUCAGAAAAGACAACUUCCUCAUACUUCAGGCGAACUUCUAGCAACGGGUCAUCUCAUUUAAGAUCUUACAGCAGUUUUGGGAGGAGCAACCGUGACAGGGAUUGGGAUAAAGACAUAAUACAUGAUAAAGAAAAGUCAGAUAAUAGCCAUAGGCAUCGUGAUUAUUCUGAUCCUUUGAGUAAUAUUCUACCAAGUAGGUUUGAAAAAGAAGGGUUAAGACGUUCACAUUCAAGUGUAUCUUCAAAGCGUGAGUCAUGGCCAAGAAAGGUAAUAUCUGACAAGAAUAAUCACAACAAUGGAAGGUCUGUUGGCAUUGGUAAUGUGAAGAUUGCUUUUGAGAGGGAUUUUCCAUCACUUGGGGCUGAAGAGAAACAGAUUGAUGGUGAGAUUGGGAGGGUUCCAUCUCCAGGGUUGACUACUGCUAUUCAGAGUUUGCCGAUUGGUAAUGCAGCGGUGAUUGGCGGCGAUGGGUGGACAUCCGCCCUGGCUGAGGUGCCUGUGAUAGUUGGGAGCAAUGGAAGCAACACCUCUGUUCAAUCAACUGCAAUUCCUUCAACUACAAGCAUGACAACUGGUCGCAAUAUGGCUGAAACUUUGGCUCAGGGUCCUCCUCGUGCUCAGACUGCUCCUCAGUUGUCUGUUGGAACUCAAAGACUGGAAGAGCUUGCUGUUAAGCAAUCCAGACAGCUGAUUCCCAUGACUCCUUCAUUGCCUAAAGCCUUGGGAUCAAACUCUUCAGAUAAAACAAAGCCAAAAGUUGCACAAAUACAGCUUCAGAAUUCUCACCUUGUCAACCACACACACUCUCCAAGAUCCAUUUCUACUAAAAUUGACAUUUCAAAAACAUCUUCUGUGGGAAAACUACACGUGCUUAAGCCAUCACGCGAAAGAAACGGUGUCACUCCAACUCCAAAAGACAACUUGAGCCCAACAGGUGGUGGUGGUAAAUUACCAAAUAGCCCUCUUGCUGUACCCUCGGUUGUUGGGCCCGCUCCCUUGAGAAACAACAAUCCAGUGGCUUCGGCUGCUGAGCGGAAGCCUGGUGUAGCUUCUACACUCGAGAAGAGACCUUCGUCUCAAGCUCAGAGCCGAAAUGACUUUUUUAACCUUAUGAGGAAGAAAUCAAUGAGCAACAAUGCCCCUGUUACCUCUGAUAAGGUUGGUGUACAUGAUCCAGUGGUGGAGGGGUCCAGUGGGGCCCAUGAACCUAAGGUUGAUUUGGGUUGCAAUGGGGAGAGAUGUACUGAAAAUGGAAAGAAUAAUUCAAGCUCUGAUGCCAUUCUUUACUCAGAGGAAGAAGAAGCAAGAUUCCUACGUUCAUUGGGUUGGGAAGACACCACUGAGGAGGAGGAAGGACUUACAGAGGAGGAGAUAAGUUCUUUUUAUCGUGAUGUUAGUAAGUAUUUGAAUUUGCAGGCAGCUUCCAAGAUCUUGAAAGGGACACAGACAAAGUUACUGAUGCCACUCCACACACAAAUGGGAAAGAAUGGUGAUAUUUCAUCUGACUCAAAGCUGGAAUCUUGAAUUUACUUUCUUGUUUUUCUG